AUGAUCGCCCCGUUGGAGGACGACGUCAAAGUCCUCAGAUUGUCCGAGGCCGAACGACGUGCUGGAAAGUAUUCGCCUGAGACCCUGGGGAAAGCGCUCGAUGCGCUCCAUCAGGAUGGCUUGCUGCUGCUGAAGGACGUCAUCGACGUCAAGCACAUCGAGGCUCUCAACGCAAAGAUGUGUGCCGACGCCGACAAGAUGAGGGCAGACCCGGCCAAGUCCUAUAACCAUGGCAUCAAGUCGAACUUCCUACAGCGACCGCCUCUGACGGACCCUACGUACCUCUAUCCCGAUAUCUACUUCAACAAAUUCCUCCUCCAAGUCGCCAAUGCAUAUCUCGGCCACAAACCAAUCUGGAACUGGCUUGCUUCCAACACCGCACUGUCCGGCACCAAAGGGAUGCGCCAGCCCGUGCACAAGGACUGUGCCUUCGCUCACCCCCAGUACCCCUACUACAUCAUCGGCAACAUACCGCUGUGCGAGUUCACCGUCGAGAACGGCGCCACCGAGUUCUGGCUGGGCACGCACGCCCACGCGUCCUGGCGCGAGCAGGUCAUCUCGGACCGGCCCGAACAGCUCCAGGCCUAUCCCGAAGGUCGCAUGGGCGACCCGAUCCCCGACGUGCUCGAGGAGGCCAAGGAGGCGCGUGCCAAGGUCCGCCCUCCCACCCAGCCGUUGUGUUCGCCGGGGGACAUCAUGAUCCGCGAUCUCAGAUUGUGGCAUGCCGGCAUGCCCAACAUGACGGACAAGCACCGUGUGAUGCUCGCAUUGGGCUAUCAGAACCCCAACUAUCCUAACUACAGUAUGAGAUGCCAUCUCCCCCUGUCUCAGCAGGACUUCUUCCACGAAAAUGCCCAGGACUUGACCGAGGUUCGUGCCAACUUCUACGACGAUGAGGAGUUCGAGAACCUCAAGAAGGACGCCGUCUUCGAUCUGAGGCCGAAUUACCUGCAUUGA